CUAUAUAUACAGCGUGGCUCUGGCCUGAUAGACACACAGACAGACUGAAUACACAGAGAUACACCGAGAAAAAAACAGUGAGAAACGCAAAUAUGAAGGUGUUGGUGGUGCUUGCAAUUGCUAUACUCUCUGGUUGCCAUGCUAACCUAUUCUAUGCUGAUGAGCCCAAGCCACAGCUGGAGCAGCUGACAGAUGCCUUCUGGGACUACGUCGCCAAGGCAACAAAAACUGCCGAUGACACCGUCCAGAUGAUCAGGAAGUCUCAGUUGGGACAGGAUGUCAAUGACCGCAUUACAGAGAGUGCUGAUGUGGCCAGCCAAUACGCCAUCUCCCUGCAGGAGCAGCUUCCUCCUGCAGCCAAGGACCUGAUGACCAAGAUUACCCAGGAAGCUGAGGUGCUGAAAGAGCGUCUGGAGCAAGACCUGGGCAGUGUCAAGGGGAAACUGGAGCCCUACGCAGAGGAGAUGAAGACACAAGUCCAGCAGAGAGUGGAGCAGRUGAAACAGGAUCUGGCRCCCUAUGCAGAGGCCCUGGACUCCGAGGCCCUGAGGGCCACCCUGCUCCAGAAGAGUGAGGAGCUGAAGGGGAGUCUGGAGCAGAGUGUGAAGGAGCUGCAGUCCCAGCUGGGUCCCUACACAGAUGAGCUGAAGCAGAAGGUGGACCUGCGCCUGCAGGACUUCCAGAAGAGAGUGGCCCCCCUGGCCGAGAACCUCCAGAGCCAGCUGACCACCAGAGCUCAGAUGGUGCAGAAGAGCCUGGCCCCCUAUGCUGAGGACUUGAAGGACAAGCUGGACCCCUACGCCCAGGACCUGAAGGCCCAGCUCACCGCCCUCUACCAGGCCUUCACCAACACCAACUAAAU